AACUCACUGCAGACGAAUCAUCCCUUGUUUAUAGAGUAACCUCAUUGGUAUUCCCAGAAUCCCAUCGAUACUCGACCAAUGAGGACGCAGCCAAAAUUUUCACCAACCAAUCAUGAAAGAGGAAAAUCCUAACAAAGUUUUAAAGCACCAACGAGGUGACAAAGAUUCAACGAAGAAGAUUUCAAGUCAGUGAGUGUUUUGUUUAAGAAAAUAGUUUAUAUUUAGUAAAAUAUAAUGCAGAGGUGAUUGUGUACAAAGUGCAGUGCGUGGCAGUGCAAUAUGAUCAUUAUUUACAUUGAUAUACUGCUGUUAAUUAUAUUGUUAUGCCUGACGGUGUUCAUGUGCGGCUACUGUUUCUACCGCAUCAACCGAAUGCGCCAGAAUGGAGAGAUCGCCAUCUUGUUGAGGCCCACCAAAGUCGUGUUCUCACAUAAGAAGGAGGGACAGUCUGCUGAGGAACUCAGAACGGUAGUAGCCUACCAGAACCCGUUCACUGGUGACUACUGCGUGCACAAGAGUAGAGCUGGUCCCAAGGGCUACGUGAACAACUUGCAGCCUGACUCUCCUGACAGCGGCGUGUCUGAUGAGUACGAGCCUCUGAACCUGGAGCCUAUAGGCCCGCAGCCACAGCUGCCUCAUGUGGAACAGGACAAGAUGCCGCCUGGUAUUAUCGCUAUGCCAAUGCCGGACUACACGAUAAAGCUGCAGAUGAGUCCAAACCACGACUACAACAGCGUCAACAAGACUUGGAACUGGAACUACAAGGAGUAUCAGAUCUGAACCACUCACCCUGCAUCAUCAUCACCAUCCUCAUAAAUAGUAUAGAUGUACUGCAUACAUGGUAUUCUUCUAUGUGACUUCUACGCUUGCCACUAA